AUGUUGAUAAUAAGACAGCGAAUUGAAAAUAAGCUUUUUUUUUUUCCUUUUUGUUUUAAAUUUUACACAGGAAAGAAAGAUCACUGGAGUGUGGAAUGUGGCAGAGAAUUCUCUAACAGGAGUGCUCUUCAAACACACAUGAGAGUUCACACCGGAGAGAAGACAUAUUGCUGUAAUGAAUGUGGUAAACACUUUUCACAAAAAGGCAAUCUUCAGAUACACACGAGAGUUCACACUGGAGAGAAGCCAUAUUGCUGUAAUGAAUGUGGCAAACAGUUUUCACAAAUGAGCAGUCUUCAGAUACACACGAGAGUUCACACUGGAGAGAAGCCAUAUUGCUGUAAUGAAUGUGGUGAACAGUUUUCACGUAUAAGCAAUCUUAAGAUACACACGAGAGUUCACACCGGAGAGAAGCCAUAUUGCUGUAAUGAAUGUGGUGAACAGUUUUCACAAAUGAGCCAUCUUCAGAUACACACGAGAGUUCACACUGGAGAGAAGCCAUAUUGCUGUAAUGAAUGUGGUAAACAGUUUUCACGUAUAAGCAAUCUUCAGAUACACACAAGAGUUCACACUGGAGAGAAGCCAUAUUGCUGUAAGGAAUGUGGUGAACAGUUUUCACAAAUGAGCCAUCUUCAGAUACACACAAGAGUUCACACUGGAGAGAAGCCAUAUUGCUGUAAUGAAUGCGGUAAACAGUUUUCACUUAUAAGCAAUCUUCAGAGACACAAGAGAGUUCACACCGGAGAGAAGCCAUAUUGCUGUAAUGAAUGUGGUAAACAGUAUUCACAAAUGAGCCAUCUUCAGAAACACACGAGAGUUCACACUGGAGAGAAGCCAUAUUGCUGUAAGGAAUGUGGUGAGCAGUUUUCACAGAUAAGCCAUCUUCAGAGACACACGAGAGUUCACACUGGAGAGAAGACCUAUUGCUGUAAUGAAUGUGGCAAACAAUUUUCACAAAUUAGCAAUCUUCAGAAACACAUGAGAGUUCACACUGGAGAGAAGCCAUAUUGCUGUAAUGAAUGUGGCAAACAGUUUUCACAAAUGAGCCAUCUUCAGCUACACACGAGAGUUCACACUGGAGAGAAGCCAUAUUGCUGUACUGAAUGUGGCAAAAAGUUUUCAGAAAAAGGCAAACUUCAGAAACACACGAGUUCACACUGGAGAGAAGCCGUAUUGCUGUAAUGAAUGCAAUAAACAGUGUUCACAGAUAGUCAGUCUUCAGAGACACACGAGAGUUCACAACAGAAUAAAAAGGGUAGCAGUUCAAAAAUUAGUCUAGAAAAACAAGAACCCUUCAGGAUUCAAGAGUGAGGUUCAGUCCUGUCCUGAAAAGUACGCAAACUAAACUAUUGUUAAGAAAUGAAUCUCAAAGAGAGGCCAUAUUGCUGUUUGGAAUGUGGCAAACAAAUCUGUCAGCGCAGUACACUUCAGAGACGCACCAGAAUUCACACAGGAGAGAAGUACAACUGAGCUGUCCUGACUAAAGAGUGAGGUUCACUUCUGAAUGGACAGUAAGCACAUGUAACUGACACAAAUCCAUCCAGUUAGUGUUGUGUCAAAAACAAAUCAACAUGGAGGAGACAUAGAAGUUUAUAUCCUUUUUCCUUUUCCAGAAGCAAAAUAAAGAACAGGGCGUCAUACAAACGGCUUCUCACCAAAACCCCUACAGCCUCCACCAUGUGCCUAGCUGUGUUUUCAUAACAUACGUAUUACAUAUAGAACUAUUUACAAUAUAUUAAACACAUUUCAUCAGAAAAAAAAACACUUUACAAUAUAUAGGUACAUAGCCUCACACAAUAAAUAAUUGUUCAGCUUUAUAAUAUUAUAUACUGUAUUUUGCUAUUUUAAUAUAACAAAAAAUAAGAAAACAUACCUUGACAAAAAAAGAACAAACAGCUUCUCGCCAAUGCUUAUUAAAUAAUAAAUCAAUUACUAAUAAUUAUAAACACAAACUAUUAAUACAAAACCAAUUAAAUUAAAUCCAAAAUAUACACACGAUCAUGCUGUACACCAUGCUGAAUUAUGUUUUAACACUGUGGCAGCGCACUAAAAGAAGAAAUGCUUUUUUAAAUUUUAUUUUGUUUUUGUUUGUUUGCUUUUGAUAAUGAAACAUUCAAACCUGUAUAUAAGAACUCAGGUUGGGCACACAACUUAUUUAACACUUGAGAAUUAUCAAAUAAUAUACAUGUCAAAUAAAUACAAUAAAAUUAGAAAAGGCUUGGAGAGAGCAGACUUACCUGCACAGCAGUGGUUCUCAGUCUGUGGGGCGAGCCCCCCUAGUGGGGCGCGAAGUAACAAAAAGGGGGCGCAAAGAUGUGAAAAAAGAAAACAAGAAUCAAAAAUAUGAAAAAUAAAUCUAUUGAAACCAAACAAAUUAACUUAAACUACAUUCUGAUACUAGAAAAAUAAAUAUAGCGUUAGAUAAAUGUCGAUAAAAGUUAAGUAGGUAUAAUAAAAUAUGCAUCUGUGAUAUAUCAUUAAUUUAAAAAGAACAAAGUGGUAUUAGUGGGCUCAUUUAAAAAAAAAACAUUAGGGGGGUCGCAAUUAAAACUGUUAUGUAAACUCGGGUCGCAAAUACUUAAAGGUUGAGAAACGCUGCUGUACAGCAUCCACCAUCGCCUGAGGGUGCCUGCCGUCUGUGGGGAGUCACAUUAAUUAGCAUCCGUACUCCAAAUAUGACACUAAGUUUACACAAACAAUUGCUUUUGGGAAAAUUCAUAACUGAAAGAUACAAAAAAAUGAAAAAGACAGAAUACACUUCCCUACACAUAUUGCCAUAUUGCAGUACUGGAUGUGCCAACAAUUCUCACAAAUCAGAAUCUUCUGGGCCACAAAGAAUUCAGACUGGUGCCACCUCCAGAAGUGGGCUUUGUUGGAGAAGAUCUACACCGGGGGCUAUCAACCCUUUGUCAUGGCAUACCACCCCAAAAAAUAUAAAUGUUCUGAAAUACCUGCGUUUUAUCUUGGUGUUAAAUUGUUAAUUACUGAACUGUUGUUAUGUUAAACUAAAGGUGGAAUUUCUUUUUUCUCCCACACAAUGUUCUUUCCGAGAGCUUUUCUAAGGUACUAGUAAUGUUCACCUGUCAAAGACUUGUGUUAGAAUGAAUUUCAAAAGGAUUUGAUAUGUUAGGACUGAUAGGCACUGGCAGUGUGUCACCAUGAGGAGGUCACUUCAGCUGUCUGUGCUAAUACUGGAAAAGCAAAAGAAAUGCCAGCAAUUGUGUCUCAAAUGUUGUAAGUCUCCUCAGCGUCACUAAAUAUUAUUAUUAUUAUUAUUGUCAAAAAGUUUAGUAAAGUCAGGCCUUUGGACCAGAAGGGGUUUCCUGUUCCUGAGAGACUUUGCAUUCCACUAUCUUGGUUUACCUACAGUGUGCUUACUUUAUUGUUGUAUAUUAUUUGUUGCUUUGAAUAAAUUACAAUCACCUGUCUGUCAUAUCCAGUCAUCUGACGGUGACUCCUGCACUCGGCUUUCUGUUGGCCAAACCCUGUGAAUUAGCACAUUUUCCAGAGGUCCAUGAAACCCCUCUUUUACACGGUCCUUUGAGCUGAAAGCUAAACCGACCAACCCAAGAGUAAAAUGGCCAAGGCAGUGUGUGCGGAGGAGCCUAACCUCAUCUUUAGUGCACUGGACAUCGAUGUAGAAGAGAACAUCUGAGCUGUCAUCUCCACAUUCAGCCAAACCCCAACUCACACACUGCAGACCACCCAUCUGUGGGCGCCGCUACGGCCUUUCAGACAACGGGCUCAGUGCACUAAGCUUGAAGUGCUCGGCCGAGGCUGCUGACAGACGAGGAUUCCAUCUCACCGUUUGGACUGGGAUGUGAGAUCCUGUCCUUCAGAGGUAACGUGUUGUCAAUCACGAGUCUCCAAGCAAAGCGCAGAUAGCAAACUGAGAAAUGCAGUGAAGUAACCGAUCAGUUAAAUCACAUCAUGGCAGUAACACAUGCAGUGUGCGUUCAGCUUUACUACGACUCUUUGUUUUUUCCCCCAUUGAGACAAGUGAAGAAAAGAAACGCGCUGAACUGGAGGAGAUUAGGAUUUUGUACGUAAUGAGCAAUGUAAUGAAUUUAAUUUAAGUGACGUUUCCCAGCAUUGGUCGCUUGUGAACUUUUGUUUUUGUAUCUGAGAUAUCAUCACUUAAAUAAUUGGUGGAAAUAAACUGAAGUCUGCUUAAGCAACUGGCUAAAUAAAUAGGCAGAAACACAAUAAUGUUUUAUUUUUCAUCUUCAUAUCAUUUUAAAGACAGAAUUAUUAACAUAACCAAUCAAAGUUCCAACUAAUUUGCAUUGUUGUGUGGCUCUGAAGUAUUAAUUAAUUAAUCCUACUUUGAGCCGUUCACUAAUUAGUGUUGUACUGUUUGUUCAUUUGUUUCUGUUACACAAAACUGUUCAA